UCAGACUCUCUUCCUUUCUGCAAGCACCUCGUGAACAUGGCGGACUACCACAGACCAGACAGCAAAAAGGCGCAGGCCCUUAAGGACAUUGCAAACCGGAUUAGGUUGCACAGUAUCCGUUCAACGAACGCCAGUAAUUCUGGACAUCCUACAUCAUGUGCUUCCAUUGCCGAGAUAAUGUCCGUGCUGUUCUUCCAUACUAUGAAAUACAAGGUGGAAGAGCCAAGGGACCCCAGCAGUGAUAGAUUUGUGCUCUCAAAGGGUCAUGCUGCCCCUGCUCUGUAUGCCGCCUGGGCAGAGACCGGACUGUUCCCUGUAGAAGAUCUCAUGAACCUGAGAAAAAUAGACUGUGACUUGGAGGGACAUCCUACCCCCCGCCUGAACUUUGUAGACGUGGCCACAGGUUCCCUGGGGCAGGGUCUGAGCUGUGCUGCUGGCAUGGCCUACACUGGGAAAUACUUUGACAAGACUGACUAUCGUGUCUACUGCCUCAUUGGAGAUGGAGAGAGUGCAGAAGGUUCUAUUUGGGAGGCCAUGUCAUUUGGAUCGUAUUAUAAACUAGACAACUUGGUCGCCAUCUUUGACGUCAAUCGCCUGGGUCAGAGUGAGCCAACAGCAUUCCAGCAUGACAUUGAUGUCUACAAGAGGAGAGCAGAGGCUUAUGGCUGGAACACUGUAGUUAUAGAUGGCCAUGAUGUGGAGGCUCUUGCCAAGGUUUUCCACACUGCCACCACUGUGAAGGGCAUACCAACUUGUGUCAUUGCAAAAACUUACAAGGGCAAGGGGUUCCCAGGUAUUGAGGAUGAAGAGAACUGGCAUGGCAAGCCAUUGGGAGGGAAGGGAGACGCAGUCCUGGCCGCUGUGGAGAAAGUGAUCGUGAAUAAUUCUCUUCAUAAUAUCAGGCCAGAUUCCCCAGUCAAAAAGGCGCCAAAUGUGAACACCACUGGGUUGAAGAUGUCAGAGCCUCCAGCUUAUAGCAAGGGACAAAAGGUAGCAACACGUCAGGCUUAUGGCACAGGCCUGGCCAAGCUAGGGAAAGCCAAUACAGCAGUAGUUGCAAUGGAUGGGGAUGUGAAAAACUCCACAUUUGCUCUGACCUUUCAGAAAGCCUGUCCAGAUCGCUUUGUGGAAUGUUUCAUAGCAGAACAAAACCUGGUGGGUGUGGCCAUCGGAUGUGCAACUCGUGAUCGCACAGUGGCUUUUGCCAGCUCCUUUGCAUGCUUCCUGAGCCGUGCUUACGAUCAAAUCAGAAUGGCAGCCAUAUCUCAGAGCAACGUAAAUCUUUGCGGGUCUCACUGUGGUGUCUCAAUUGGUGAGGAUGGCCCCUCUCAGAUGGCUCUAGAAGACAUCGCCAUGUUCAGAGCUAUCCCAACAGCCACCGUGUUCUACCCAAGUGACGCGGUGUCUUGUGAGCGUGCGGUGGAACUGGCAGCCAACACCAAGGGGAUCUGUUUUAUCCGCACAAGUCGCCCAGGCACGGCAACCCUGUACGAUAACAACGAGGAGUUCCGUGUUGGUCAGGCAAAGGUUGUAAGAAAAUCGGACAAAGACCAUGUGACAAUCAUAGGUGCUGGUAUUACUCUCCACAAUGCCCUUAAAGCCGCUGACAAAUUGGCAGAUAGCAACAUCAAUAUCCGUGUUGUGGAUCCCUUCACUGUCAAACCUAUAGAUGCCGCCACCAUCAUACAGUGUGCCAAGGAGACAGACGGCAGAGUGAUUACUGUAGAGGACCACUAUCCUGAAGGGGGACUUGGGGAGGCCGUUUUGUCUGCAUUGGAGGGAGAGCGCAAUGUGGUGGUGAAGAAACUGGCAGUGACAGGCGUUCCGCGCAGUGGUCCUUCAGACCAGUUGAUGGAGAUGUUUGGCAUUGGUCCAGACUGUAUUGUCAAAGCUGUCAAAGAAAUCCUCACCAAGUGAAUUGGAAGUGCUUGUUGUGUUUUUUUUUUUUUUUUUUUUUUUUUUUUUUCGGGGGCUCCCUUUUCACAAAAGAUAAAUGAUGGAAACUUUUAGACUGGUGUUUUUGAGGACUUAGACUCAUUAUAGAUCAAUGGUAGUUCAAUUAAGUAAAACGGUGGGCCUGGUUUUUAUCAAAAAAGACAUUACUAAUAUUUCAGAGCAAUUCUUGCUAUAUGUGAGUGGACUUCCGUCAUAGAUUUAUUUGCAAAUUAUGAAAACCAAAACCAAUUUUUUUUUGUGAAACCAGCUCAUGUAGUUUUUCUACUCUAUGAACUAUGUAAAAAUAAUAAUAUGUGCACUGCCACUAUUCUAGAUAGGUUAUGUUUUACUAGAAAAUAUUUCAACUCUGGUCAGUAAAUCAUAUUUCUGAUUUUUAUUUUACAAAUAAAAGAAUUUAAUAAUAAAUUUAAAACUGGAGAACUAUAAUUGUUGGCACAUUAUUAGCAGAAGAAUGCAUUUACUGUAAUUACCCAUUAUGAAUUAAUUAUAACAGAAGACAUUUUAACUAUUACCAGCUGUAGAUAAAAAAAGCAAAGAUGUAAUAUUUUCAUUUAAAAGAAGAGUGUAUUUGUUGAAUAUCAUCUUUAGUUUUUUGUUAAGAAAGAACAAGAGUGGACUUAAAUACUUAAGUUGCGAUGAAUGGUAUAAAUAAUCUUGUCAAAGAAUUAAUAUUACAACAAUGUCCCAAACUGUGGACUAACUCCAUGCAGCUUCUCUUGUUUUAGAACCUCUUAGGUCUAAGAUAACAGCAGGUGUCUGUGUAACUGGCAUACAGAUUUUGCUUUGAUAAAGGACAAGGCUAAUGACGGAGGUCGCAGUUGAAGAAAGAGUGAAUGUGUCAGGCUGUUGCUUAAUUUCUGCCGGCCAUUAUACCAGUAUAUAUUAUUCAGCAAAUUUUUUUUUUGAUGAAUUCCAAAUAUUGGCAAGCUUGCACUAUAUUUGCAGAAUCAAAUUGGAUGGAUAGAAGAAUAAUUAUAGCUUAACUAAAAAGGCUUAAAUUUGCUUUAUUGUUAAUGAUUACAGUAGACCUGUAAUUUGUGGAUAUUUCCACUAC